CGCCAAAAACAUUUACUAGUAGAUCACAGUCACAAAAAUGGUUUCCGACUUUAGAAAGAAGAAGCUCCUCCACGUCUUCACCUCCUUCUUCGACAGGAAUGGAAGUGGUUCCAUUGACAAGAAAGACUUCGAGCUGGCUGUAGACAACAUCUCCAAGCUUCGAGGCUGGAGCGCUGGCGAUGCUAAAUACAAGGAAAUUCAGUCGUCGCUCAUGAAGAUAUGGGACACACUGCAAGGAAGGGCUGAUGCAGACAAAGACGGUGAAAUAUCCGUUGAUGAGUGGAUCGCGAUGUGGGAGGAGUUCGCUAAGAACCCCUCUGCUCCCCUCGAGUGGCAAAGCCUGUACUGCAAAUUCAUCUUCAACCUUGAAGACGCUAGUGGAGAUGGCGCUAUCGAUGGCGAGGAAUUCUCAUCUGUGUACGCUUCCUUCGGUUUGAACAAGGACGACGCGCUCGCCGCUUUCAGGAAAAUGUCUAAGGGCAAAGCCAACGUAUCCUGGGCAGAGUUCCAGGACCUGUGGAAGGAAUAUUUCACCACUGAAGACGUGAACGCCGCGGGCAACUACAUCUUUGGGAAAUCUAGUUUUUAGAUCUUAUUUUUAGUUUAAGUGUUGAGAGGUGUAAAUUGGCUCAGUAUUAUCGUGAAGUGAUCUUGUUUUCAAAAUUGUGUGGAACCUAGGUGUAAUUCUAGUAUGCAUUUCAAUAAAUUUUAAGCAAUA